AUAAAAAGGUUCUUCCCUGCCACAACCUGCAAGUGGCUGUGGAUUGUGGCCCCCCCAGGUUUGUGGUUACAGGAAAACGUGAGGAAUCCCACUUCCAGUGCAGUGAUUGUGAGCGAUAAGAAUCACCGGCGGUGCCGUAGUCAGGGUGGUGCCCGAGAUCGUCCCGGAUCCUUUUCGUUUUCGGCAAAGAAAUCUAGAUCCUUCGGCAGAGCCUCGUAGUGGUGCUAAAAAAGAGUUCAAUCAACGCGAGGGAAGCGAAAAAGGACGAAAAGGAAUCGUGAAUUCUCGAUCGAUUGGCAGUUGAAUCCGUUGUCGAUCGUGGCGAUCUGCUGCAUUGAAAAGUGGCCCGAAAAUUAGUCAUUUUAUUAAUAUAGUGCUCCCCGGGCAACGUUCGUGCGGCGGACGGCUAUGCAAUUGAAAUGAGUAACUCACGCCCAACUACUAUAAACCAAGCCGGUAUGGCGACCAAUCAGACGAACAGAUUUCGCAGUGGUCGCAAUAUGCCUUCUUGGGUGACCGGAAGCAAUGACCGUGUGGGACCUCCGCCUCCACCGCCACCAAUAAAUACCGAUCCAGAGUAUGAAGUCAUCGACGUCGUGAACCAGCAGUAUUCCAAUGCGCCCCCACCAGUUCCGCUGAAGUCACAAGACAUUAAACGGCUCACCGUGAUGAAGUGUGAUCUGUGCGGAUCGGUCACGCCCGCCGUGCGCUGCGAGCAGUGCGAUCAGAACCUGUUCUGCGCUUCCUGCGACGAUCGCUACCACCGUCAUCCGAAACGUCAAACUCACGUCAGAAAGCCCGUUGAGCCGCCGGCGCCCAGCAUGGUUAAACCUCCGCUGCCCCCGAAAGGUGAGGCCGGAUCGAGUGGUCCGCUGCCGCCGCCAAGGAGAAAGACACGCCCCGGAAGCUUCCAUUUUCCCAGUCCCCUGGUGGGCCGCAAGCAGGAUCAGACAAUCCCCACAACCCUCCCACAAGGAUCGGGAGGACCGAUGGAGCCACCGUCACAGCAGCAGAAGCCUCCGCCACCACCACCCAGCCCAGCGCUGUCCUUGCGGGAGAAGAUGAACUCCUUGAAACGUUUCAUCCAUCCAUCCAACAGGCCGUUGCCCGAUCCGCCGGAGAACAAAAUUCAUUCUUCCAACUCAUCGAUCGAUAGUACAUCGAAGCGAUCGCCGUCAACGACGAGCACCGCGCGAUCGAUGUCAACCACAAUGGAAAAGAUUCAGAACAACACGGCCGCCACGCUGGACCGGAUGACGUUGCUGCAGCAGCGCUACCGUCAGCACCAGGAAGCGAUGAAAUCGGACGGCGACCGUAGCCGUCGCGCAAGCCUAACGUCCAACACCGAUCUACAGUCAUCCGCUACCGAAUCGUCAAACAGCUUCCGCAGCAAGCCAUCAUCCGCCACUUUUCAGCACCAGCCGUACCAACAGCAACACCUGAGGCAACCGUAUCUCCACGCAUCGCAGCAGGCGUUGCCAUUGGCACAGCAACAACAGCAGCAGCAGUUGCCACCUUGGUUGAACGUUCCACCGCCGGCACCCAGAAUGCGAUCUGGCAGUGUCGCCUCCGGCAUCAAUCUGCUUACCGUACCGGGUUUCGGCGAUUCGGCGAAUAAUACCCCGUCUGUCUCUCCUACGCAGCACUCGGAGUUUGGCGACGCACCCCUAAUGCCGGGGCCCCGCAGCACCUCGGUGUUCAAUCUGCACCAACAGCAACAGCCGCCGAACAUGUGGGGAUUCAGUCCGCUGCACCAGGCCCAGUCGAUGGCACACUUCAAUCCCAUGCAGUGGAACCAAAUGAACGCUUGGAUGGCCCGUGGGUCACAGAACGGUUCGAACAUGAGCCUGAAUCUGCCACCCCAGCAUGGAGGCUAUCCGCCGGAUCCGUUGGGUUACCCACCGGGCUACGUCAACAACUGGGGCGGAAUGUAUCCCUAUCCUCCGAUGGGAAUGAUGCCUAUGAUGCCAGGUGUCGUGAUGCCUCCACCGAGGUCACGGGCAAACUCACGCUCCCGGGCCGGAUCUCCUGCGCUGAGCAGCAAGUCACGCAAGUCCACGAUGUCGAUGCGCAACGUGAACCGUAACAGCUUCGUGGGCGAUCUAACGGACGACGAGGAUUCGGAGGACGAAUUCCAUCGGUCACGUGGCCGCGAUCGACGCCGCCGAGAACGGCUCAACUCGACCAGCAGCAUCGAGUUCGAGGAGCCCGAACAGCAGAGGCCCGAGUUUGUGCGGGCUUCGAGCGUGAAGCACUCACGCUUCUCCCGCCGAGUCGGUAAUUCCUCAGCACGGUCACUGAUCGACUACCCGGUGUCCCGGAAGCCCGGUCUACGGUACGAACGGGACGAGGGAAUUCGCGAACGGCUCGACAAGCUGUCGGUUUCGUCUCCACGCGCCAAACCACCGUCCGAUUCGUUCACCAACGAGUCCGACCUCGAACCAGCGGACCCCAGGCGCCAUGCGCCAUCGAAUCGUUCACGAUCGGGCAACGAAAGCAUCAGCUCUCCCCGGAAGCUCACCUCCGAUUCCCUGACAAACGACUCCGAUGUGGACUUUGAGAGAACACGUCAGGCUAAGCUGCGGGCAGCACAGAACAACCUCUCAGCAGCUCGGCGCGCAACGUCCGAUUCGCUGACGAAUGAUUCCGAUCCGGAUCAAGGGCAGCGCCGAGGUCAGAAGCCUAAAUCCCAGCCGGCCCCAGUGAUCGCCCCCAGCAAGACGAAGCCUCCAAGCUCGGCAGAGUCUGAAGGGCACGAGAAGCAACGCCGAAAGAGUGAAACGAAGAUGGUCAGCAAGAGUCCCGUACCGAAGAAGAUCGCUUCCGAUUCGCACACUCCCGACACGGAUGGCGAGCAGAAACGACGGUUCGCCACGAAGCAGCAACGCCAACGGAAGCACUCCAGCACCGAGUUCAUCGCCAACGAGUCGGACGAAGGGCCGCAGCCGGAACGCAAAGAGUCCGCCCGGCACCCGCCCCAGGUGGUUAACGGGACACUGGAGUUCCGGAACAUUUCGCCAUCGAAGUCGGCGGGCGACUCGGACGAGCAGCGACACCUGAAGACGGUCGAGAUCAAGAACAUCAUCAACGAGAGCAGCAAGGCAGACCUGCAGGAGCUGGGCCGUUCGGUGCAGGAGGACUCGCCGCCACCGGCCGCACCCGUCGCCCCGGACUGUGAGUGGGAGUGUGAGUUCUGCACGUACGUCAACGAGCCCGGCGUCAAGAUCUGCGCCAUCUGCUGUAAAACCGCUUCCAUCUCGCUGGUGGCCGCCCGGCUGGAGUCUACCGAUGGUGACCAACCCCGUUCACCACCGCCGGACGUCGUACAGGAGACGCCCCAGAUCACGGAGGGCAAACUACAGAUUGUGGCCCCUCAGAAGUCCCCCGGUAAGCAGCUCGCCGGCGAUGUGAAGAAGAAAGACGGCAACGUGGACGACGAGGCCACCGAAACGGGCUGGCAGAGCGUAGCCCAAUCGAAUACUGACGUGAAGAUGGUGCAGGAAUGUGGCACCGGUGAGGCGGGGGUUCCGGGUGAUGACGGUGUCGAAAUUGGGCACCGUCUUGCCAGCGAAGUCGUUCAGGUUGAGCAGAGGGUAAUCAAGCAGAAGGUUUCCACCGGGUGUGGUCCAUCCCCACCCAGGGAGGUCGUGCGUCGGGACGAACCGUCCCCAGUGGCUGACGAUCGUCGUGGUAAAUCGCAAACCUCCAUCGGGACUUCGCCGCCACCGCAGGACAUGUCUACGCAGACCUACGCCACGUUGGAGCAGGUUCGGGACGAGAAGGCAACGCGUGAGCAGGCCACAGAAAAACCGCCACCCGAAUCAGAGCCUCAGGCGCCAAAUACCCAUCAGGAAGAAGCGCUGGCGUCCGCGUUGUACAAACGUUCGCAUUCGCUUGCCACGCCACAAAUGCUGCAAGUCGAGGCGCGGCCCGCUAGUCGGCACAGCAUCUCGAGCGACACUCAGAGUCUUCCACCAUCACCGCACGAGCUGAGCCCACAGCCGGGUCUGCAGAGCUCCGCGCUCCAUCAUCAGUACCAGCCCAGUCAAGCACUCAAUCAGACGUCCCAUCUCGACCAAUCCUCAUCAUCAUCAUCGUAUCAUCAUGGUCUGCGUCAGACGGACGACACCAUGUCGUACCUGGACCAUGCCAUCAAUCAGAUCAUACAAACGGCCGCCAGCCAAACGGUGGGCAGCUCGGCGGGACGAUCUGCCCAUGCCGAGAACAAGUAUCGGACGUUUACGGACCUGCGUCGCAUCGAUACGGUCGGUGGCCAGGUUACUGCCCCAGCAAAGAAACCAAUGCACUCUAAAGCGAUGGAUGAUCAGCUAGACGUGCUGGAUGAAAGUGACGGGCAGGAAUUACCGAUCGCUGUGGAGCACAGUCCAGCCAAGGAAGAGCUCUCGGAAAUGGCACUUCUAUUGCGGGAAGCAAAGCUCUACCAGUUUACGGCCGAGGAGUUGCAAGCGGCGAUGAAUCAUUGCGGUGAAAAGCAUCCUGUCCAGUGGCUGCGAGACAACUGGAGCAAGCUGAUCGAAACGGUGCAGACGCUGGCCACCAAGUACGGGCACGAGAAGCGAGAGAACACCAUUGGCACUAUUUCGAUUACCGAGGCUCGUGAAGCACUGCGACUGCACAAGGGCAACAUCUGGCGUGCCAUUACGGAGUGUAUCGAGCAGCGGCAACGGAAGUACCGUGACAUUGCCGCGAAGGGAAACUUUACCCGGGAGGACAUUGUGACGAGCUUGACGGCACACCACGGCAAUCUCGAGCUGGCCCUGUUGGAGCUGAGCAAAACGCAGCUUAAGCCGUUCCUGAUGCGCAUCUGGGGCCCACCGAAUGGGGCCGACAAUGACAGCAGCAACCUGCUGCUGCAGCAAGCGCUCCAGGAGGAUCGUAGUGGAAUCAGCAACGACAUUGAACAGUUCAUAAGCGCCCAUGUCGAACGGGAGCUUCUCGGCGAUGGAUCAACGGAAUCGAAGGCUUUGGAGCAACAGCCAGAGCCUGUCGCAACGACCAAGGAACCCGAGAGUGUUGUUGAGCCGGAAUCGGUGGAACCGGCCGAACCGCUGCAGGAAGAUCUGCUCCAGCAACCGGAAGAGGUAUGUGAAGAGCAAGCGGUGACAACGUCCAACACCGAGAUACUGAAGGAUAUCGAGGCACUCAUUCUGCAAAUGGAGCGCACCCAGGAGUCUCCUAAUGUGCCAGUGCUGCGUAACAUACAGCAGCUACUGACGCAGCUGGCCGAGCCCCGAUCGCGCUCCAACUCCGUGGCAUCGGUCCGUUCACAGUCGGAGGAAGGUGGCUCACCGUCAACGCCACCGACUCCCACUGGCCUGAAGGUAGGCAGCAAAGGUUCCGCUUCCAAAACUAAAACCGACACCAAAAAGAAGUCCACCACUGCCUCCGCCUCGACCGAGUCCACUGGCCGCAAGCCAACGAUCGUGCGCAAGAAGUCCGUCGGUGGCCCCUUCGGUCCCGUGCAAACAAACACGGUCAAGAACAUGCAAAAGGAGUUCCUGAGCAAGGCAAGGGAGUCACCGAAACCGAGCACGUCCAAGAUGUCGCCCAAGCCGGCCAAGCUAGUGCAACCCAAGGUGUUCACCAACCGGCCGGCGGCCAACCUGCCUCCCGGCAGCAGCAAAGCAUCUACACCGGCCACGGACACCAGUUCCGCACGAUCGACCCCCGGGGCGGGCGGAGACACCGGCGAACCAGUUCCGGGGCCGUCGCGUGACACCACGUACACCUGCGAGAAACUGCUCAAGAAGAAGUACCGCGAGACGUGCUUCAGCGACGACUACCAGACCACGGACGAUGAGGAUGAGAGCCGGAUGACGAUCACCGAGAGUGAGCGCACCAUUAUCAAGAGUCUGGUGAAACCGUUCGAACCGAACGGUGAACCGCCCGAAGUGCAAGCCAAACAGUUAUUCGAUGACGGUCUGGUCCAAACCAUUGAACAGGCUGAACUGGCGGUUCAACUGAUCGAGCUGCGCUACGCCAAGGAUAACGCCAUCUGGGCGGCCACACAGUGUCACACGGUCGACGAAGCGAAGGAUCUGCUGCAGAAGGAAUGCGAACUGUGUUUAGGACUUUUCCCGAUGAACGAAAUAGUGUCCAUGCUCAAGUGCACCCACACCUGUUGCUUCGAGUGUGCCAAGGAGUACUUUACGCAGGAGAUCACCAAUCGCUCCAUCACAAACUGUAACUGCCCGUACUGCAAGGAGCCCGACCUGAACGGGCCGAACGUGACGGAGGACGAUGUGCUGGAGUACUUUUCGAAUCUGGACAUUCUGCUAAAGAACAUCGUCGACGCGGAGGUUCACGAUCUGUUCCAGCGGAAGAUCCGCGAUCGUACGCUGACGCAGGAUCCCCACUUUAAGUGGUGCGUCCACUGCUCUAGUGGGUUCUUCGCGCGACCCAAGCAGCGACGAUUGAUUUGCCCGGACUGUGGGUCGAUCACUUGUGCCUCUUGUCGGAAACCGUGGGAAACACAGCACGAGGGUCUCAGCUGUGACAAAUUUGCCGAAUGGAAGGAAGCCAACGAUCCAGAGCUGCAGGCUGAAGGUGUCCAGCGGCACCUGCAAACGCACGGUAUCAGCUGUCCGAACUGCAAAUUCCGCUAUUCGUUAGCCCGUGGUGGUUGCAUGCACUUCACCUGUACCCAGUGCAAGUUUGAGUUCUGCUACGGUUGUAACAAACCGUUCAUGAUGGGAGCCAAGUGUAGCGUGUCGGCGUACUGCGCCAAACUGGGGCUGCAUGCACAUCACCCGAGGAACUGUCUCUUCUACCUUCGGGAUAAGGAGCCACGCGAUCUACAAAACUUACUGCUGAUGAACAAUGUGUCUUUCGAUACUGAACCCUCGGAACUGAUGAAGCAAGAGCUUAUCAAUGGACAGAUUUCCGCUCUUAAAUGUCCCAUUCCACUGCAAAAAGAAACACCAGCUGGCCUAAUGGACUUGAUCUGUAGUGCGGAGGUGCCAGAAAACCACGCAGGACUGUGCAGAACCCAUUACGUUGAAUAUUUGGUCGGCACUGUAUCGAAAGCGCAGAUCGAUCCGCUACCGAUACUGGAUCUAACCGAUUGUGUCCAAGAGUUGCGCCGACGCGGCAUACCACUCCCGGAACGGGGUCCCUGGGACACCGAUGAAAUUUACCGGGAAAUGUGCCUGAAGAUUGUCAAGGAUCAGAUUCCGCUCAAUUGAAGUGCUUUACGUCACCGAAAAAUGCUCCGUGUCGACCUACAACUAUCACUUAAUCCGUGUGUUCCCAGAUAACAAUUACUAUUCUUCCAUGGCCAGGUUUUCCUACUGUGAAGACGCUAAUCCCAAAGUAUAUCAUGGGUGAUAAAAUAGGUCAUUUUAUACUUUACCGCUAGAUAAAUUGAAAAAAUCUAAUAAAAGUAUUCGAGAACAGGGUGGCUUCUUUCCCGCCACGGAU